AUGGCGGCAACCAACCAAGACCCCCGAGGGCGGGUCGGCUUCCUCCCACCGCCUCCGGGCGAGACGCCAAACUUUGAUCAUCCGCAGGAUAUCUACUGGACGCUCAACGUCGCCGUGCUGAUCGUGUGCAACGUCCUCGCUACAGUUUCGUUUUGUCUUCGAUGUUAUGUCAGGCUGUUUGUCCACCGCCGCAUCUUGGUGGCAGAUUUGGCACAUUAUGGACUCGGAUAUCACGCAUGGGAGAUUACGGCCGAAGACUACUCCCAAGUGCUCAAGUGGCUGUACGCCAGCUCCAUCGUCUACAUCCCGGCCGCCUAUUUCACCAAAGUUACCCUCCUCCUCCUCAUCGCCCACGUAUUCGCCGUCAACGAGCGCAUCGCCAAGAGCAUCCACGUCUUCAUCUGGGUGCUGCUCUUCAUGUACACGCCCGUGCAGACCAUCAAGACCACCAUCUGCGUGCCCAUCGAGGAUUACUGGCUGCCCUCGGUCUCGCCGCGGUGCAUCAACCAGCGCAAGGUCUUCAUCGUCGACACCUCCAUCGCCGUCUUCGUGGACCUCGUCAUCCUGGUGCUGCCCAUCUUCAUGACCUGGUCGCUGACCAUGUCGCCCAAGAAGAAGUUCAAAAUCAUGCUGAUGCUCGGUGCCGGCGGCGGGGCGACGGCGGCCACGGUGUUCCGGCUCGUGACGGCCAUCAGGUUUGUUGAUUCGCCGGAUCUGACGGUCAGCUUUGUGAUCAUCGACCUAACGGCGUGCGUAACAUCCCCUCCCCUCAAUAUGGCACUGACGCAUGCUGAUCAAGUCCCAAGAUGCAUCGAGCUCACCAUCGGUCUGGUCUGCGCCUGUCUCCCGUCUGUCAACGUUCUCUUCAAACGCCAUCAGUCCGUACGCGAACGCGCCAGGAGUUUCAACGUCCCGCGCACCGGGCGGUUCGGCGGCCUACGCCAGAAGGAGCUUUCCAGCCUGUGGGAGACCGUGACGGGGAAGACGCGAACGCUCGACACGGCGACCGUCGCCGUGCUCGAGCCGGAGACCCCGCCACAGUCGGCCGUGUCCGAGGUGCCACGGCAGCUGCCCGGGCUGCUCCCGCUCCCGACAUUCAGCCACGAUUUUGUCUCGUUCCCGGGACACCUUCCCGAGGAGAGUUUGGGGGCUGGCCUGGUGAGGUUGGACUCGAGGGUCAACUCCUCGGACGGCCGGACGGACGGCUGGCUUUCGCCCCGGACGGAGGGGGAUGUCGAGCGGGCGCGGCUCAACGUCCCGGGGACUAGGUUAUGGAGCACGAUAUGGGACGGACGAAGUGCUGAAAUUCCACAAAAAUGA